UAGGCUCUAUGAUUUUGGCGGAGACGUGUCUUUGCUUGUUAAAGCCCAAUAAGAGUAAUCCACGUCAUAUAUAGACACGUGUCAUCUGAUGAUAAUAAGAUCCAGCCAUCAGCAAAUUUCAUCGGUGGUUUUGGUCGUGGAGUCUCGCCGACUGUAUAUGAAAGACUCCGAGCACCUCUCUCUGACUAAUUUCGAAAUUGACCGGAGAAUUCGUCGUCUGUCGUCUUGAUCUGUCCCGAAUUUGUUAAAAACUCCCCUUUUCCAGAGCCAAUCUUCACCACCAUGGCCGCACCGUUCUUUUCAACUCCAUUUCAGCCUUAUGUCUACCAGAGUCAACAAGAUACAGUUACACCUUUCCAGAUUUUGGGAGGUGAAUCCCAAGUUGUUCAGAUUAUGUUAAAGUCAGAGGAGAAAGUGAUUGCUAAGCCUGCUUCCAUGUGCUACAUGUCUGGUUCCAUCGAGAUGGAAAACACUUACACUCCUGAACAAGAAGUUGGAGUUCUUCAGUGGCUUUUGGGCAAGAGUGUCACCAGCGUGCUUCUUCGUAAUACCGGCCAAACCGACGGCUUUGUUGGUAUUGCUGCACCUUAUUUGGCUCGGAUUCUCCCGAUCGAUUUGGCAAUGUUUGGAGGUGAGAUCUUAUGCCAGCCAGAUGCAUUCCUUUGUUCCGUCCAUGAUGUGGAGGUUGUCAACGGAGUUGACCAGAGGGCAAGAAACAUUGUUGCCGCUGGUGCAGAGGGGUUUCUAAGACAACGCCUAUCUGGACAAGGUCUUGCUUUUAUCCUCGCAGGUGGCUCAGUUGUACAAAAAGUUCUGGAGGUAGGAGAAGUUCUUACCAUUGACGUGUCUUGCAUCGCUGCUCUCACUCCCUCGGUCAACGUCCAAAUCAAAUACAAUGCUCCUUUGAGACGAGCAGUAUUCGGGGGUGAUAACGUAGUAAUGGCGACUCUAACGGGGCCAGGCAUUGUCUUCAUCCAAAGCUUACCGUUUCAUCGGCUCUCGCAGCUUAUCGCAAGAUCGGUGACAUCGCCAAACAUGAGAGAAAAUCCAAAAUUGUUGAUACAAAUAGCGAUAUUUGCGUUCCUGGCAUACGCUGUGAUUCUCUCAUCGUUGAUCUUAACCGAAGUUUGAAAGCAUAGAGAGAGAAGAAGAAGAGAUAGAGGUGCUUUUUUUUCAGACCAAAAAAGUAACGAUGUAACUGUUCAAAUUAGCUCUUUGGAAAAGGAAUAUGAUAGAUACAACAACAACAACAACAACAUACACAGCUCUAGAAAACCAUUUUCUUUUCGUUUACUACUAGUGGUGGUGGGUUCA